ACCACACGACGUCGUUUAUCGUUGCUCAUAUCAAACUUAAAUUCAAAUUUCCCUACCCGCGUUCACCAUUCACACUUCAAAUUCACAUUGCCUCAACAAAUGAAGAUUCAUCUUCUUCCCGAUUCAAACUCCUCAUCAAAACCCUAACAAAAUUUCCCAAUUCCAAACCCUAAAUCUCCUCAAAUGUCAUCACCAAUCACAUAUCCAGUAAUCACCGACGACAAAGAUCUCGACGACGCCGCAUUAUGGGCGAUGAUCGACUCCGCCUCCGCCUCACAUUCUUCCUCCAAGCACAAACCACUCGCAAUCAAAUACCAUCACAACCGCCAAUCACCUUCUCCAAUCACAAAUCACUCACCACCGCCUCCACCGUCAAAGUUUCCGAAAUACUCUAAUAAUAUCACUGACAGUGGCGAAGUUGUUCAAGAUCCUUGGCCUUAUGGACCGCCGAGGAAGAUCGCAAGAAUCUGCAGUUCGAGCUCCUGUGAAACUAGUCCUUUAGCUAUAGUUCAAACUGCACAGAAGACGCCGACGGCAAUGGUUUAUUCGUCACCGGAGAUCAGAAAAGUUAACGAGGUAUCGCCGCGGUGCUUUGGGAGGAAUGAUGAAGAGAGAGAUAAUGGGAUGCGGCAUAGCUUGUCUGGAAUGUUUCCUACGGUUUCUUUGUUUAAGGAGUAUCAAAAUGCAGCUAUGGCGAUUUUGGAGAAAAGUGAUUACACUUUGAUUUCGGGGAAUCCUUACAUUAAAAAGACAGGUUGGAGAAAGAUUUCUUGUUAUUUCAAUAUUUCUUACGAAAUUAGAGACAAGAAUAUUGAGUUCGACGGGGAUCGCAAUGUUCAGCGAGCUGAGUUUGUCAUUCGUGCACACAUGCAGGGUGGCAGGUUCUCAGAUGGAUGGGGCUCUUGUGAUCGACGUGAAAAGAGAUUUCAGAAACCAAAUCAUGAUGUACCAAGCACAGCCGAAACGAGAGCCAAAAAUAAAGCUUGUCAAGACCUACUAGGAAUUGGGGAAUAUCGACCAGGUGCAGCAAGUCAGUUUCGGUGACAUGAUUAUUGAAGAUUUUUGUUACGAUUUAACAUGACCUAAUAUUUGUUGAGGUAUAAAGUUAACAGAAAAUAAGUUGUAUAAGAAAUGAAUUUUUCUUAUUUCUUUGAAUGCAUGAUGAAUAGUUAUAAAUCCUAAUAAAACUGUCAUUUAGCAUGUAUUUUGAUGGAACUCCAAAAUCCAUUCUAAGAAAUUAAGUAAAGAAAAUAUAUCAAUGUAAAGGAUUCAAUAGAUGA